AUGAGCGAAGAACCCGAUCAAAUCUUUCCGGACGUGGAUCGCGCCAAGAAUGGAUAUCUCGCGGACAAGAUGAACAAGGCGCUCAGAACAUUGACUACCCGAAAGGGACUCAUUGGCGACUAUAACUACGCUUUUUUAUUCACGCCGAAUCUCCCCUUUAUGAAAUCACAGCGGAGGGGGGCGCCUUUUUUUGGCUUGGAAGAUCGGAUGCCCGUGGUUUUGGGGUUGAUUUUGGGAUUGCAACAUGCGCUGGCCAUGUUAGCCGGGAUCAUCACCCCCCCAAUCCUCAUGUCCGGCUCUAGUGGCGCAGAGCUCCCUGACAACACAGCUCAAUACCUUGUCUCAACCUCCCUGAUUGUCUCCGGUCUCCUCUCCGCCAUCCAAAUGACCCGCUUCCAUAUUUACAAAACCCCUUAUUACCUCGGCACAGGCUUGAUUUCCGUCGUGGGAACCUCCUUCGCCACAAUACCAGUCGCCAUGGGCGCGUUCGCGCAAAUGUACGAAACCGGUUACUGCCCAGUUGACGAACAGGGGAACCAUCUCCCCUGCCCACAUGGUUACGGAGCGCUCCUGGCGACAUCAUGCCUCUGCGCGCUGCUUGAAAUCGGGCUCUCGUUCACAAGCACCCGGUACCUAAAGCGCCUCUUCCCGCCGCUCGUUACCGGGCCCACGGUAUUGCUCAUCGGAGUCAAACUCAUCGAGUCUGGCUUGAAGAACUGGGCCGGCGGCAGUGGGUCCUGCGCCUCCCGCCCUACCGAGGGCCCUUUCAUGCUCUGUCCUAGUAACGACGCCCCGCACGCUCUCCCAUGGGGCAGCGGUGAAUUCAUUGGACUAGGCUUCCUCGUCUUCGUCACCAUAAUCCUCUGCGAGCGGUUCGGUUCGCCCAUCAUGAAGUCCUGCGCUGUCGUCCUGGGCUUGUUAGUGGGUUGCAUCGUAGCUGCCGCAACGGGCUACUUCGAUCGGGCGGGCAUGGACUCCGCGCCCAGCGUCUCAUUCAUCUGGGUACACACCUUCCGACUGGAAAUCUACCCGCCCAUCAUCCUACCCCUCUUGGCUGUGUACACUGUUCUGAUGAUGGAGGCCAUUGGGGACAUUACGGCGACCUGCGACGUGUCCCGGCUGGAUGUUGAGGGUCCGGUUUUUGACACGCGCAUCCAGGGAGGGGUGCUUGCUGACGGCCUCAAUGGGCUGAUCGCAGGGCUCUGCACCAUCACGCCCAUGUCUGUGUUCGCACAGAAUAACGGGGUGAUUUCGCUGACGCGCUGCGCAAAUCGGAAGGCCGGUUACUGCUGCUGUUUUUUCCUAGUGCUAAUGGGGAUAUUUUCCAAAUUCGCCGCGGCGCUGGUUGCGAUCCCCUCUGCGGUGUUGGGGGGAAUGACGACCUUCCUGUUCGCGUCCGUCACCGUGUCCGGUAUGCGAAUCAUAUCUACAGUAAAAUUCACGAGGAGAAAUCGGUUUAUUCUAUCAGCUGCCUUGGCGUUGGGUGUGGGUGCUACACUUGUGCCCGAAUGGUUUUCAUUUGUGUUUACGUAUAGAGGGAACAAUAAGGCGAAGAAAGGUUUGAUCGAUGCGGUGGAGCUUGUGAUGGCGACUGGAUUUGUGAUUGCGGGCUUUAUUGCCUUGAUAUUGAAUUUAGCUUUGAAGGAGGAAGAAGAUGAGGUGGAUGGAAAAAUAAUUGAGCUGCCCAGUAGUACUAGUAGGAGUCGAAGAUGGAAAGAGGUGGAGGCGGAAGGGGGAAAAGAUGUGGAAGAGGGUCCGGUGGCCAAGAACGAUUGA